AUGGUAUCAGAGCAUGAGAAAGAGGGAUCCAAUUCUGAAAAUACAGAUCCUUCCCCAAAUACAAAUCAAAACCAAAACCAACAGCAAACAGGUGGAAGCAACACGUCAAUUUUCCAUGAUCCAGUCCAUCCUAGCAGUCCCUACUUCAUUGGCAGCAAUGAUGGAAGUGCUACUGCACUGGUCAGCCAUGUUUUAGACUCUACCAACUACUAUUCCUGGGCUCGAUCGAUGAAGAGAGCCUUGAGGAUUAAGAACAAGCUUGGCUUUAUCGAUGGCACCCUCUGCGAGCCCAAAGAUCAGAAUGACCCAUUAAUGGAACAUUGGUUAAGAUGUAACGAUAUUGUCAUAAGCUGGAUGCAAAAUGCCAUGGCAACAGACAUCAAAAGCAGUACCAUCUAUGCUGAAACUAUUCAUCUCCUUUGGCUGGAUCUUGAGCAACGAUUCUCACAACAAAAUGCUCCACGAAUUUUCGAAGUUAAAAAGGACAUCACCACCUUGAUGCAAAACCAAGAUUCUGUAAGUGUAUAUUUUUCCAAACUCAAAAUUCUACUUGAUGAACUGAUGAAUUAUGAGAGCAUACCUAACUGCACAUGUGGGGGAUUGAAUGUUGUAGUUCAAAAUCAGCAAAGAGACUGUGUUAUGAAGUUUUUGAUGGGAUUGAAUGAAACUUAUAAGGAAAUUAAGGCUCAAAUUCUGCUAAUCAAACCUUUUCCUAACUUAAGUGAGGUAUAUUCCUUAGUCCAGCAAGAAGAGAAAAGAAGGGAAAUAUCUAAUCCAACUCCUACAAAUGCUGAUUCCAUGGCACUUCUCAGUAGAAGGAAUUUUAGAGAAAGAAAUGGCCAAAACUCUUCACCACACAGAAAGGAUAAGUAUUAUUGCACUUACUGCAAAACUGCUGGGCACUCACUUGAACGAUGUUUUAAAGCAAAUCCAAAUAGGCCUAUCUGCAACUACUGUCAAAUGCCAGGACAUGGAACAGAUAAAUGCUACAAGCUUCAUGGGUUCCCACCAGGACAUAGCCUCAGUGAUAAGGGAAAAUUGGCUGCCAAUGUAGCCACUGCAAGUGUAGGCUCGAACAGGGAGGUGGUGAAAGACAGAGGCCAAGUAUCUUUAAGUCUUGAGCAAUACUCUCAGCUGCUAGCACUCCUCAAACCAACAGACAAUUCCCAGAACUUCACUCCAACACCAUCCAAUGCCCAAAUCCUCACUUCAACCCUUUCUGAGGAAAGCAACAAUAAAAUGUCUGGACCUUUUGACUUGGAAAAUGAUUGGAAUGGGUGAGGUGAAGGAUGGAUUAUACCAUAUGCUGAGAAAAUCGAUCACUUCCUCAACUCUAUCAGAAAUCCUCAAUCAAAUCAAGUGUUCUCUCUCUGCCACUACUACAAAUAAACAUGAGGACAUCGAUCUAUGGCAUUAUAGACUAGGUCAUUCCUCAUAUUCCAAUUUUAGUCCUGAUAGUAAUGUUCACCUAACACCAUCAUCUAAUCCCUGCGCCAUCUGCCCUCUAGCCAAACAGCACAAGUUACCUUUCAAUGUAAGCAACAGCAAGACUAGAAAAUGCUUUGAGCUAAUUCACUGUGAUAUCUGGGGUCCUUGUAAGGAAUUGAGCAGAGAUGGUUCUAAAUAUUUUCUGUCUAUUGUAGAUGAUUUCAGUAAGUGCACGUGGAUUUAUAUGUUAAGGCUAAAGUCUGAUGCUACUACUGCUUUACAAAAUUUUUGUGCCAUGAUAGAAACCCAAUUUGAAGCCAAAAUAAAGACAAUUCGAACAGACAAUGGAGGGGAGUUCAAUAUGACCCAAUUUUAUUUAACAAAAGGCAUAAUACAUCAAAGAAGUUGUGUUGAAACACCUGAGCAAAAUGCAGUGGUUGAGAGAAAGCACCAACACAUUUUGAACAUAGCACGAGCCUUAAAAUUCCAAAGUGGGCUGCCUCUAAAAUACUGGAAUGAUUUUGUCCUUACAGCAGUUUAUCUAAUUAACAGGACACCAACUCCCAAUUUAAAUCAUAAAAGUCCCUUUGAGAUAC